GACGUCGAGGUCCGCGGGGGGGAGAGAGAUUUGUGAAGGGGGAAGAAUGGCGAGAAUCGGACUUGCCUCGGAGCCACGUUUCUUGGAGUGGAUUUCCACUAUACCUUGGAAUCUACGGAACGUCUAGGCAGCAAGGGAGGUGUGACCAGUAAGAGAGGGGGGAGAAGGUGCGCGAGCAGGAGUCGCAGAUGCUCACACUGCAGCGCCGCGGAGAGCAGAGCAGAGCAGAGCAGGCACAGAAAGCAGCAGCAGCAUCACAGUCCAGUCCAGCCCAGCCCAGGCCCUCUCGGGGCACCACCACUACCACCACCCCCAUCCCCUCCCCCACAGAGGAAUUUGGUACAGGCACGCGGGAAUGAAGCGCGAGCCUGAGUUUCUGCAAAUCAGCUCCCCAUCGCCAUAGCGCCCCGGCCGAUUUCAACUCCAGAGAUUGAAGAAGAAGUGAGAGAGAGAGAGAGAUAGAGAGAGAGAGAGAGGAAUGGAAGUGGAACGCAGCGAGAGAGUGAGAGAGAGCGAGCGCUAGAGCGAGAGAGAGAGAGAGAGAGAGAGAGAGAGAGAGAGAGAGUUUGGCAAGGGAGGCAAUGAGAACUUGGGCUGUGACGGCAAGAGAAGGCGGCGAGUCGAAGAGCGAGGGCGAGGGACUGGCCGUCUCGAAGGGAGGACAGCGAGGACCGGACUCUGUUAUGGGCCCAUGGAGCGUAGACUCGGUGUUGUCGCCUCGACUGAGCUCUGUUUUGCUGCACCUGCUGCUCGUCGGCGUUCCCGUCUAAUCGUCUAAUCGUCGAACUACGGACCAGACAUUCAGAGUUUUUCAGGAGUGAACAAUGGCAUUCGUAUCUCGCAAGUCCGCACGUAUCAGGAAAUCAGUUGUAGAGGACCUGUGCUCUUGCUGCGCGUAUGGUGCAUUUACGCAUCCGGUUGUUGUCCAAUAAGGUGCCUAGUGGUGUAGGUGCCAGAGUUGAGCUCGCGACCAGGAGCAAUCAGGAGCUCCGAAAUUCACCACAGAUAAUGACGAAAUUUUUUUAAGAUGAACUCUACGUCUCGUUCCACCAUGCGCAACAGAUUCGAUUUCCUCUCUUCAAACGUUUCUGACGAAGUCUCCACUCACAUUGAUAGCGAUUACAAUCCGUUUCUGGUUCGGAAGAGGCGGAUUUUUGAAACAGCGCUUGAGUCUCGGAAGUUGACUCGGCCCACGAGCUCACAAACAUGUACAGGCAGUGGCUUUGACGUUUUACCGGAAGACUUGAUCUUCUAUAUAUUCAAAGCUGUCAUUUCCUCAGCUUCAUCACCUGCGGAUUUUGCCAGUACAUUGCUGACGUGUAAAAGAUUCAACGCAGCCGGCACGCAUCACCAAGUUUUGGUCCACGCCUCGUCCGGUGCGUUAGCAGUGAAAGCUUCUAGUUGGUCUGAUCAUGCCUACAACUUCCUCAAGAGAUGCGCGGACGCCGGAAAUAUAGAGGCCUGCUACACUCUCGGCAUGAUGCGCUUCUAUUGUCUAAAUAACAGGGGAGGGGGUGCGUCACUUAUGGCUAAAGCCGCGAUGCAGUCUCAUGCUGCUGCUCUUCAUUCACUGGCCGUGAUCCAGUUCAAUGGAAGCGGGGGUACGCGGAAAGACAAAGAUUUGAAGGCCGGCGUUGCUCUUUGCGUAAGGGCAGCUACUCUUGGCCAUGUGGACGCCAUGAGAGAGCUUGGUCAUUGCUUGCAAGACGGAUAUGGAGUGCUAAGAAAUCCAUACGAAGGACGACGUCUUUUACUUGAGGCCAAUGCUAGAGAAGCUGCAGCCGCCGUCGUAGCUAACGCCCCUAGGCUUAUGGAAACCGCAUUUCAGUUAAGUCCUUGUUCCACAGUAUUGUGCCCUGAGGGCCACAUGACAACAUCAAGUUCGAUGCAUAACAGCUUCGUCGAACUUGGACAAAGAGCUGUGUUAGAUCAUGCACGGUCCCAGUUAAGGGAAGGUUUAGAUCGUACACACGUCUACAAACUUCUGCAGGGAGGAGGUAGUUGCUCGCUGCUAAGUGAUUUUGGUUGUACUGUUCCGCCACCCAAGUUACAUAUUGCAAACAAGUUUCUCGUUGAUUGGUUCGACAUUAAUCCUCCGGCAUCUGGCCUACGCCUGUGCUCUCAUGGAAAUUGCGGACGUCCAGAAACAAGGAGACACGAGUUUAGACGCUGCUCUGCCUGCGGCUGCGUAAACUAUUGUUCCCGGGCUUGCCAAGCGUUGGAUUGGAAAAUUCGGCACAAAUAUGAUUGUCAGCCUGUGGCAGAUUGGGGAGAUCGCGAGGAUCCAGAUCAAGGAGCAGAAGAGGAUGAGCAAGUCGUAUAUGAAGAUAUGGAUGAUUCAUGAAGUGAAGAGUUUAUAAAGAGGUUCGUUUGGAUAGAACCGGAUGGUAGACUAGAUUGACCUUCCGAGGACUUAACAGAAGAGAGAUUUUUCUUCCUGUAUGUGUCGCAUGUGGAGAAUCAGUCCUACUGCUCUCGAAUUUCUGCCAUAGAUCGUCCUUCUCCUAUUUUGUUGCACAUCGUCAUCUUUGUUCAUCAUCACCGAAGAUAGUCAACAUCGAAGAUCAAUGGUGAGAUCUUGUAAGUCCAUUCAGUACGAGCCAUCGAGUUGAGGAAGGGUUGUUGGGCUUUGCGGUGAUUGGUUGAUGCGUUUAUGAGCAUUGUUCCAUGUUUUUGGGGACGUCGGAGGAUGGAGGAGAUGGACUUACAUUUUUGCUAGUCCGCUGUAUCACUGACUCGCAUUGGAUUGCCGCCUUAGACAGGUUCGUAGAGCUGGGGCAGUGGUCACCGGGAAAGAAACAUCGAUGCAGCCAUUAUCUUAGUAAAAUUCCAUGUUGGGCCAAAAGCAGCUCUUGCGUUUUUUUCAUCCUUAUGGUGUUGUACCGUUAGAGAGCACUGGUUUUGGAGGCCUUAGUCAUGUUUAGCAUUUGGGGCUAGACAAGAUAUAUGGCAUACGCCGUGGAGCUUCUCUCCCUUUUGGGCAGGUAGUUUCCAAUCCUUGCCAGCCUUGGACGUGUCUCCGAAGAGUGUCUCGGAGACAGCUUCAAAUAAACAGAGAGGCCUUUCUAUUUAGGUUAAGACGUUAGUAUACUGAUAUUCAUGUACUAACAACCUUUAGUCAAGCUGGCAUACAAUUGACGUACGUGAAUUAUGUAUGUUGAAUAUGCUUUGGAUAAAAUUGUAUAGAGAAACACUAAAGUCGAAUGUUCAUUCAAAGUUUAUUCAAAGUUAUGUACUGUUUCCC